AUGCAACUAAGAUAUCACUGUGGAAGCAGCGGUGUUCGGCCAACCCGCUCCAGCAGCACAGUCUCCGAUAACAUCAAAAGGAGAUUAUUAUUCCAUCAUGUGCUCGGCCGGGGAAGUUUUGGAACAGUCCUGCUGGCGGAAGAUCCAUCUACCCGCAAACACUUUGCUGUUAAGGUCAUCAGCAAAAGAGCCCUGCUUGCUGAAGGUGAUGAUGAGUCUGUGAUGGUGGAGCGACGAGUUUUCCAGCUGGCAUCUGGGAGUCCUUUCCUUGUCCACGCAGACUUUGCAUUUCAGACCAAGCUGCAUGUGCUGCUCGGCCUGGAGUACAUGAGCUGCGGGGACUUUUACACCUACCUACUGAUGAAGGACCAGCUUGACAUCCCCAGUGCAAGAUUCUAUGCCGCUGAACUCGUCUGUGGAAUCCAAUUCCUGCACUCAAAGGGCGUCAUCCACAGAGACCUGAAGCCCGAGAACAUCUUGGUGGCUGAAACGGGCCAUAUAAAGAUCACUGAUUUCGGUCUCGCACUUGUCAACAUGCUUGGAGACCGAACAGCCACUUCAUACGCUGGAACAAUCGGCUACAUAGCUCCUGAGAUGCUGGCUAGGAAGGAGUAUAACGCCGGAGUAGACUGGUAUUCUUUCGGUGUCAUCUUGAAAGAAAUGGUUACCAGUGAUUGUGCGUACCAUCAGACAAUCGAUGAUGCAUCCUCCGGCAUUAAGAACAUCAUUAGAAAGCUCCUUCGGAAAGAUCCUGCCAGACGCUUAGGAGUGAAUGGUAACAUCAGAAAGCACCGAUUCUUUCAGCGUAUGGACUGGGUCUCUGUGGAAGCCCUAGAGUUGCCUCCACCAUACACACCUGAGCCAACUGAACCUCAUCAUCGUCCUAGACCAUUCCACCUGGACAAACUGGAGGCAGCAGAGGUCAGAACACCUAUUUCAGCAGCGGACCAUGCCUUGUUCGAGGGAUUUUCUUUAUGUCAACUUGGAAACCCUUGA